CAUAGCUAAAUAUCAUCUCAAUCAAAAUCUCUCAAUACCUUUACCAUAUUAUAUAUCUCUUACAUUAUAAGAAAUAAUAAUGGCAUUUCACAUUUAUCAUCUAUUAUUUCUCAUGACCAUUAUUGCCAUAAAUAUUCCAUUUUAUUAUUGUUUACAACAUGACACUCUUAAUGAUUAUCUUGAAGAAUCAUCUGUUUAUGGUUCUCAUGAUCAUCAUCAUCAAGAAGCUUAUCCUUCCUAUUUUAGCUCCAUUGAUGAUGGAAAUUUCAAUAAUAAUAAUGAUUUUAUCAAGAUGAGUACUAAUGUUCUUGAUUUGAAGGUUUUUGAUAAAAUGGGUACUACGUCAACUUCAGCUAAAGCAUUUAGUGUUGAUAAAUUUGGAGCUAAGGCUGAUGGAUCGGACGAUACCGUGGCAUUUCAAAAGGCUUGGAAGGCAGCUUGUUCAUCUAAAGGAGCUGUUCUUGUUGUGCCUGAUAACAAUUAUCUAAUUAAGCCCAUUAGAUUCUCAGGUCCUUGCAAAUCCAAUCUCACAGUGCAGAUAUAUGGAACCAUUGAAGCAUCGGAUGAGAGAUCAGAUUACAAGAAAGAUGAUAGACACUGGAUUGUGUUUGAUAGAGUUCAAAAUUUAUUAGUAAAUGGAGGUGGAACUAUCGAUGGAAAUGGCAAGAUAUGGUGGCAAAAUUCAUGCAAAGUCAACAAACAUCUUCCUUGCAAGGGGGCACCAACGGCAGUGACAUUCUAUAAAUGCAAGAAUUUGGUAGUGGAAAACCUGAAAAUCCAAAAUGGACAACAAAUGCAUAUUUCAUUCCAAGGUAGCACCAAUGUCAAAGUCUCCAAUCUUGUGGUAACUUCACCUGAACACAGCCCCAACACUGAUGGAAUCCAUAUCACAGACACCCAAAACAUUGAAAUUUCUAAAUCAGUCAUAGGAACAGGUGAUGAUUGUAUCUCUAUUGAAAGUGGAUCUCAAAAUGUCAAAGCCACGGACAUUACUUGUGGACCUGGCCAUGGAAUAAGUAUUGGAAGCUUGGGUUCUGAUAAUUCAAGAGAUUAUGUUUCAGCAAUUACAAUUGAUGGUGCCAAAUUCUCAGGCACUACAAAUGGAGUUAGGAUCAAAACAUAUCAGGGAGGGUCUGGAAGUGCCAGCAACAUAAAGUUUCAAAACAUUAAAAUGGAGAAUGUGAGCAACCCUAUUAUAAUUGAUCAAAACUAUUGUGACCAACACAAACCAUGUAAACAACAGAAAUCAGCAGUCGAAGUGAAAAAUGUGGUGUAUAAGAACAUAAAGGGAACGAGUGAAUCUGAAGUGGCAAUAAAAUUUGAUUGCAGCAAAUCAUUUCCAUGUGAAGGCAUUGUGUUGGAAGAUGUUAGCCUUGCAAGAGUUGGAGGAGAUGAUGAUCAACCAAAUGCUAUUUGCAACAAUGUUCAUUUUUCUGAAAUGGAAGAUGUUUCUCCUCGCUGUCCUUGAAUCAAAUUACAAGAUUACACAUUCAUCUGCUGAAACUAUAGUUUAAUAUUUGUAACAUUAUUAUGUAAAAUAAUAACACACCAUAUACAGAUUGUUAUUUGGUUAUAUUUAUUGUAUGAUAAAAUCAAUAAACCUUAUUAUUC